GUAUAUUUCUCGUAUUCAAGUCUUGUUUAAAUACGCUUGUGAUCCUGGUCCGAGCGUCAGUCGGGCAGUACUGAGGGCCAAAACCUCCGUGAUUCGGAAAGUAGCGAGAAGAUUUAGAGGAAGAAUACAGAGUCGCGUUAAAAAUCUGUGAUCGCAAGAUCAGAAAUAGACGACGUGUUGCCCUCUGGAUCGUUCUCAGGACAUUUUCCAAAGCUGAGAACAACUUCUUGCUUGAAAGGUGUGGAUAAAUGCCGGAACAUUUCGUGCGCGCUUUUCCCCCGACUCUAAGAACUGCGCUGUUUUGCCCGUGACUGACACAGGGUUACGACAGGCUGAGGUUGCCGCUGUACAGAGCUCUGUAUGUCCAGACGAACUGUCCCAUUCUGCUAACAUCUUCAGGACUGAACGACGUGCCUUCAGGAGACGGGGCCAUCAGGAUCAAGAGACAGUGCCUAAAGAACAGUAACCAGGAUUCUACAAAGACAACAUGGCGAGCGAAAACAUCAUCAUCGCUGUCAUCAUCUGUCUUGUCUCCACGCAUGUAGACAACGUCAUAGGACAGACUUUAGAUCCAGAGUGCAGUGCUAACUGUCAAAGGAUGAACGUAUUUUUGGGCCGGCACUGGAACAAUUUUUUGCCGCAAUGUUUGUCUAGUUGUCCAGUCGUCAACACAGUUCUGCCAACCACAAUGACAUCAACGACCACAACGGUACGCACUUUUCCAACCACGAUAAGAAGAAUUAUCACAACGCCAACAACCACAAGACCAACAACGACAACAACACGGAGGAAAAUCUCUGAUCACAAAUCUGCAGGAGGUGGACCUUCCUAUAGUGAACCAACAAACAUGCAGCAAUUCCUACGGGACACGUUAUGUCAACGAUCUCAAGUUCUGUGCGGGAAAUUUCACGUCAGGCGGAGUGGAUACAUGCCAGGGAGACUCUGGUGGCCCCCUGAUGCAGAUGAUCAGAGGCAGGUAUUACCUUCAGGGCAUCGUGUCAUUCGGGUCGGGAUGUGGACGAGCAUAUUACCCUGGCAUUUACACCAGAGUGGCACAGCCCUUCAUCUUGGACUUCAUCAAGAAGGCCAUAAACAGAGCGUAAACCUUACAGGACAAACAUGGUGGAAUCCUUGUGACACAAUUUAUUGACAAUCAAAUUUAUCCACGAAUUUGUUACCCUCUGGCACCUCCAGAAAAUUGUGGUUCAGACUACCUGCUCUGAGAGAUACAAAUGCGCUCGAAGAGUGCACGCGAUAAAAGGGCAGAAAAUGCAGACAGAAAAAUGUGGACUGGUGCCUUUCUUUCAAGGUGACUUAUGGACUACUGUCGUUCUAUCCCUGUGCAGCUUUUUAAAAUAUACCACUUUGUAGUGUAUGACUGUGGGACUUUUCGAACUAAGAAUAGGAUUCCUGUAUAAAAAGAAACAAACCAAACAGACAAGGACGAAGUGGAAAAUUGUGUCUUCUGCCAAUUUCCCUCCUGUAGUCUUCACGUCGUCGACGUCAUUCAUCGUUAUUGCUAUGUUUAAAUGCCAGGCUUUCAGGGGACGCAAAAAAACUGCCUUGUUACUCAAAUAGGACAUUAUCUUAAUAUAAAUAAAAUAUGUUUAGUUCUACUAUACCUUUUUCUAUUUUAAGAAGAGGAAUGAGGCUAGGGCCGACUAAUGCGCCUUAUCAAAAAAAAUUCUGACAUACCACUGCGUUGAAUGACGGACACGAUAUUUUUUCAGCUUUGUAGAAGGCUCUCCUAAACAUUGUGAGAGGGAGGUGGAGCCUAAAAAGUAGCUUAACCUUGUGAUAAAUAAUGCAACAGAAUUAUAAGUGCACCCUGAUGUUCCUUGGUCGUCCCCUCUGGAAUCAGUGUCGUGACUGGGUUUCUGAUAUAUGUGAUGGCAGCCUUUAACAUUGUUACACUGGACAUCCCGCUCUCAAAAUGAUCUCAACGUAUAACUAAAAGCAUUUCAAGCCUAUCGACAAAUACACAAACAAACAAACGAAAACUAAAAAAAACAUGCAAACAAACAAACAAACAAACAGCCUCCAUCCUACUUACAGAGUUUCUCAAAAGGACAUGGCCUGAAAUUUCAUUUUAUGACGAUUCAUUCUCACUGAUUUAAAACUAUAGUGAGAGUGAGGCCAAGUUUUGUUGUUUUUAAAUCACGUUUAAAUCAUUAAAAACCGAAUAUAAAGACGCUCAAAUCUGUUACCUGGUAAUGACUGCUAUAUUUACAUACAAUUGUGUGAUAUUUUGAUGCCUGAAAAAUGACCGCACAUCAAUGGUAAUAAACUGGUGAUUUGUUGAUCUCA